AUGAUGGACAGGAACUACCCGACCUCCAGCUUUGCGGACGCGCUGGCUCCACCAGCACAGACCGGAGCUUCUUGGGCCUAUGACCGCAGCAGCACAGCUAGUGUCAAGCCAAGUUCCAGUUAUGGUGCGGCACACCUUGAUGCAGAGCUCCUCCAGCGGCAAAGCUACGCUUCCACCCACCAGCUUCCCACCUACACUACAUCACACCUUCCUGCGGCAGCAGGAGCACUUGACUCAAGCAGUAAUACUUCUGAGACCUCAAUCAUGAGCUUCCUGUCAGCCAUGGAAACGCGAAGCCUUCAGGCUGGUCCUGUUAGUGCCUCACUGCUUCCUCCUUUCAGACCCCCAUCAUGGCCUGCUGGUACCAACUCCUCCACCACAGAGCUGUAUUUGACUGGUGCCCUGCCUUCUACUGCCACUUUCCCCUCUCCCGCUGCUCUGUCGUCCUAUCAGCACACUGGUGCCUACCCUUCCAGGAGUUAUGCUACCAACCCAUCCCUGGCUCUCCAGGAUCCUGCCUUCAGCACUUCCACCAAUGGCCUGUUUUCUCACCACGACCCCCUCCUCCAUCUCAAAACAAGCCAGACUGUGCUUCCCACUGCACUGGCCUUCAAUCAUCUCUCUUCCCCCGCUUUGGGUUCAACCCUUCCUGUCCAGUCCUCCACUUACCGAUCAGCCCAGGAGUCAGCUCCCCACCUCCUACAACCCCAGUUCAGCCUGCUACCCUCCGCCCUGCCUACCCCUCACGGUGCCCCACAACCCUACGGGGCCGCGGUUUUCUCCGGCUCUAUUGAAAGAGCUCUUCAGCGUGAAUGUAGUGUGAUCAAACACCACCAGAGGCCUUCCAGCAGCCAUGCAGCCUCAGAGCAAUUGCCCAAUUCAGAGCACUCCUUACAGGGAUACUUUGGCUCUGGCAGUGAAGCGGAUGUGUCCUACCAGCAGGACCCGUCCCGUCAUACCCCUGUGUCCUGCAGCCCUUCCACAGAAGCAGAUUCCUCUCAAGGGGUCAAUCGUGCUCCACAACCCAAAACAGACUCAGUAACUCAAGCUUAUUCGUCCACUUCUGUGCCGAAGGCUAAAGACUGCUCCUCCAAACUAGCGCCACAUCCCGCCGGGGGUGAAGAGAGUCAUGAGCACUCUCAGAACCUGACUGGAGUGUCUCCAGACCGUUACUCCUCCCGAGGACAGAAGCAGAACUCUGUGAUUGCAAAUCAGCAGUCAAUCCAGCUAUCCAGCCUAAUGUCAAGUACUCUGUCUCAAACCUAUAUCACCCCCCAUACCCAGUCACAGCCCCCCCAUUCCACCUCAGACAAACACUCCCCCCUUUACAAGACUCUGCCUUCCCUCUCCAGCCAGUCUGACAAUGUGUCAUCUGUUAGUCAGACUCUUGUGUACUCCAGUCCCGGAAUGAGCCAGGAGCAGGAGAUCCAGUUUGGAGCCCAGGUUCAGGGCUUGUGUCAGGGGAAUCUCUCUGAGAGCUACCCGACAUCCCACUCUCAGGGCGCCCCAAAUGUGACUUUUACAUCUCAGUCACAGGGGCAAGCUUCAGUGACUCAGAGCUACGCCACAGGACAAUCCCUGAACCUUAACUCCUCUUACCCACCCACAUGUGUGCGGAGUUUGCCCACAUCAAAUUCCUCACAAGACUACACCCUGAUGCAAGCCUCAGUGGGAGGUAAAACACAUGACACACUGUCCCAGCAGCAUAAAUAUGUUUUGUCUGCACCGUUGCCUACUUACUCUUCAACUGCUCAAGCCUUACAAAAUAACAUCAGAUCCUCAAUACAGGAUAUAAAGCCAACAUAUGGCAAACAGAAACUUGGAGAGCUUCCUAUCCAGGACAUUGAUGCUCUCCAGCAGGCAUCAAUGGAAGCCUCUGCUGCAGCUAGCAAUAUGUCCGCUCACAACGUCAUCUAUGUUGUUUCAAAAAUGGACGAUCAUCACAAAACACAAAGCGUUAUCCGAAGCAAUUCACGCUCUGAUGACCAGCUCAUGGGACUAGGUCACACGAACACAGCACAGGUAAAGGAUGAAAGGAUGGCUUCUCUGAGCCAACAGCACAUUCAUCUAAGCAGUGCCAAUGGUCAGGAAAUUGCCAACACAAAAAGUACAAACUCCAGUAUUAUAUCUUCACAUGUGCCCCUUAGCUCAGAGCAGCUCAAGCAGCACUCUCUCCAACUCAAAUCUCCUGAGCCACAUCAACAAAACCACCAGAAUCACACUCAGUCCCAGAGCUCGGCAGCCCACACCCAGUUUAUCACCGUCCCCAGCACUCAGGUUCUCCUCGAACCCAACCAGAUGAUUCUGCUCCAGCAGCCCCUUGUCCACCAAAACACUUCAAAGGUGGUAUCACUGCAAGGUCUCCAAUCAGCCCAAGACUUGGGCCCCGUUCACGUCCAGUAUCUGCAGAUGAGUCGAGAACUGCUGGGUCCCAGUAUCACUGAAACCCAGAGACAGCAGGGCACAGUAGUAUCUGAACAGAGUUCAGGGUGCUCUGAUUCCUCUAAACACCACUACAGCCAGUCAGCAAUUCAGCAACCAAAUGACGCCAAGAAUCACUUUGCUCUCAACUCCAUUUGCUUCCCCGACUCCAUGCUACUCGCAGACGACAGAAAUAUUUUGUCAAAUGUCGAUGACAUCUUGGCUGCCACGGUGGCAGCCUGUGGCGUCACACCACAAGACUUUGUCAAAGCUACAUCCUCUGCUGAGGCUGAAAUGGCAGUAAUGGCGAGCCCCGUUGAUUCUAAAGGUCACUUCCACACUGUGGAUAUAAGGCACAUGUCACCUAGUUUCUCCUCAGCACAGCAGCCAAUCAUGACCAACACUAACUCCCACAACAUGACCAUGACACUAAAUGGAGUUCAGAUGGUCACAGACUGCCAGGGUCAGCCUGUUCACCACAACAACAGUUCAGAGCUUGACACAAACGGAGAUGGAGGGAGCUCUGAGAAUGACUAUCACUUAGGCGGGCAGGUGUAUGACCCCCAAGGUCUCCAGAGCCGAGGCAAAGGGAAUGCAAAGUGUAUUAAAACAGAGGAUGGCCUCAUGGAAGGCCCAGGCGGUGAAGACUUUCCCAAGAAGAAGGCUCGCUCUAAGUCCUUGACCAAACCAGGUGGGCCUGAGGAUGAUAGCGGACAGGCCAGACCGGCCAAGCGCAGUGGGCAGACCAAGCGGCAGAACUCCAGGGGUAGUGACGUCAGCUCGCCAUCUGCCUCACAAGGUGUAUAUGAUGGUUGUCCGCAGCAGGAGAGAAUCAGACAAAAGAUCCGUGAAGUGGAAGAGAAACAGCCGGAGGUCAAAACCGGCUUCAUUGGCUCCUUCCUUGACUUCAUCAAAUCUGGCCCAAAACAGCAAUACUCUCCAAGUCCCACACGAACUAUUAGUCGCCCGAGAAAGCCCUGCACCUCGUCCAAACCGCCGCCAUGUACUCUGCCUUCUUUGCCUCCUAAACUGCCGGCUCUGCCCGGGCCCUUGAUUCCCCAGGAGAGCCAGGGAGUGAGCUCCCAACAGAAACGUCUGGAUGAAGAGCUGCAAAAUAACUUGGAGACUCUGCCAUCGUUCAGCUCGGAUGAAGAGGAGAACACUGGGAAGAACCAGGCCCUGAGGAACAGCAUCAGCUCAGCGCUUUCAGCUCUGGAUGAGGCUUCAGAUCGGAAAACCAGGCCAGAUAACCAAAUCCCCGGUUCGAUGAUGAAGCCAGACCCAAUUCCCACCAUGCUCCACACUGUCACAGAGACCUGUUUGCCGCGGGUAGCCACUCCUACACAGACAACGAACGCCGUCUCAUUAGGGACUGUGUUUGUGGCCAAAGAGGAGUCUAAAGAGACGCCACCGGGCCAGCUGGCUGUGCAGUUGACGAGUGUGGCCAUCGAGGGACUGACUGACGAGGAGCUGUCUGACAGCGGAGGGGAGGGGAUGUACAGGGAGAGAGACGAGUUUGUCGUCAGGAAUGAGGAUAUCGAAAACUUGAAGGUGACAAUGAGAGUGGGCAGUGAGCCUCCAGCCAUCUGGAAAGUCCAGAAGGCUCUGCUGCAGAAAUUUGUGCCUGAGUUGAGAGAUGGAAAGAGAGUCUUCUCAGCCACCAACAGUUAUCUUGGAUACUUUGGUGAUGCCAAGACCAUGUACCAGAGGGUAUAUGUGAAGUUCUUGGACACAGUGAACAAAAGGGAGUACGUACGAGUUUGUAGUCGGAAGCCACGCUGCAAGCCUAUGAACUCGCUAAGGGGUGUUCAGGUGAAAACUUUGCUGGGCUUGACAGCCGCCCCUUCCUCAGUCUCCCAAAGCCAAAAGCCUCGACCCAAACAACUGAAGCCCAGGGCAGAGCCCCCACCGAAGAAGAGGAAGAAAUGGAAGGAGGAGUUUUCACCUGCUGCCUCGGGAUCAUCUACAGAAGAGGGUGGUGACGAUGACGAGUUAAACCCUCCAGUGCCGUUUGCUUCACGGUUACUCAACACGCGAACCAUGAAGGAGACAUUCAGGAGCUUUGUGGAACUGCUCAUCAGCAUUGCCUUAGACGAAGAUGUGAUGACAGCACUUGAGAGGGCAAACGAUGAGUUUCUGCUGCCACAUAUGAAAAGAGUGGAUGGGAUGAUCACUGACAACAGGAAACGCCUGCUUCACAAACUACACAUAGGGCAGGUCCUAAAGACGGCUCUAGACAGCUUCCCAGAGAUCUCCGUGGUGACUGAACUAAAGAAGGACGGGGAAACCCCUGCCUUUAAGGUGCGUCUCAGUGGGAAGGCCUACAACAAGAAAACCAUGAAGCCCUACAAGAUGCCGAACAAAGUGCCACAGGAGUAUACAGUGGACCAGCAGAAAACUCAGUGGUUCUCUCUGUACCACUCUUUGCAGCAUUACAAGUACCACACGUACCUCAUGUGUAAGGACGAGAUCGCAUCUAUGCGGGUGCAGACAGGGGACCUGGGGCAGGAGGAGACGGUGCAGAAGUGUAUGCAGAACGGUGCUUGGGUAGAGGGGCUCUUCGAUCGCUUCGGAGAGCUAAUCAAUCAAGUGCAGCAGGCCUGCCGGUGAUCCAGCCUUCACAGGCUCGGUUUGAAAAAAAACAAACAAACUUUAAAACAACAAAGUCCAACCAACACUUAAAAACAUGAGGAUGCCUCUCAGCUCUAAAUGGCAGCAGAGAAGGAUGGAGUGAGUGUCUCCUUCCAGCCACAGAGAGAUUUGAAUCAGGGACCUGUCAGCUAACUUGCCUGAAAGACGUUUGUGGCCUACAAGUGGCAGCAGGUGAACAGCGGGGACAGCAGUAAAGUUAAUAGUCUGCAUCACUGCAUCCCAGCAGAGAGCAGUAACUUGAUCAACAGAGGACAAGGACUUCCGUUUUGGGAGCGUUUUUUGGAAGAAUUCCACAUAAUGCUUCUCCUAGUCUUUGUAAGUUUUUGUAGUUACAAGCCCACUUUUUUACGGGCCUUUUCAUAGAUUUAUAAUGAGUUUUUUUUUUAGUUAAAUGCCAGAUUAUAACCAGUGAGUAUGCACUAGAUAGAAAGCAAUCGGGAUAGGAAGUAGAGCACAGCGAAUAAAAAUGCAGAAAUCUGAUUGCCUACAGUUAUAACAAGCCUUCAUCAAUCAUUUGAGAAGUAGGCUCACAUACUGAGAAGUUGAUUUAUUGUAUUAAAAAAAAGAAAAAAUAUAUAUAUUAUGUAUAACCGUAGUUAUAUACCGUUUGUAAAACAUCCAUUUUGUAAUGGAGCGCCAACUUAUAUAUAUAAUGUACAUUUUGUAUAAAAGAACAGGGAGGUGGGAACUGCAGCGAUUCUCUUAGUAACUAUAUACUGUAUCUAUAUUGUGGUUUAACUUUUGUGCUUCAAACACCCAUUUGCUGAUCAGAUACAAGUCAGUGCCGUUACCGUACUGCUUUCUACGAAUUUUGUUAAUCAAAUAUUAUGACCUUGACUUACCCGAGGGUAAAAUGAAAUAAAUAAAAAGUUGUCUUUAUACUUAACAGACAUAGCCCACAUUUUAUGACAAAUAGAUAUAUAUUUUUCACAGAAGUAAAUAUUGUUAUGUUCUCAUUACAAUUUCUAAGACACACUUUUUCAUUGUUUUUUCACAGUUUUCCACAAUGGACUCUUUAUAAGUCAGUUAUCAAUUUUAUGCUAUCAAAAACAAUCUUGAUCUUUACAGAUGCAGUUUGUAAAUAAAGUGCCGCAUGUAUUAGA